UAUCCAGUUCCCACAACCAUACAGUCCAGUCAUUUCUGUACGAGACAACUGCUUGUUACAUUCGACAUCAAUUAAUCAUGGCAGACUGUCGACCUCCUCUUUCAAAGCUUGUCUUCAAGAAAUUUGAUGUCGAUGGCAGCGGCUUCAUCGAUGCCAAAGAACUAGGAAGGAUGGCCUAUUACCUCGGAUACAAACUGACCGAAGGUGAGAUCUUGGCUGCGAUUGACAAGUUGGACAAGAACGGAGACGGCAAGAUCAACUGUGAAGAAUUCUCGGAGUGGUGGAAGGAGGGUGAUGACACUCGAUUCUCCCAACUCGAUUUACCAGAAAAAUCGGAAAAGGAACUGAAAGAUGCCAUCGACUUGUUCAAGUAUUACGACACUGAUAUGUCUGGUUACAUUGAUUGCAAAGAAUUCAAAGCCGUCCAUGAAAAUCUCAAAACCAGUUACUCCAUGACGGAUUCAUGUGACGAAGCCAAGAAGCAAAUGGACAAGAACAGUGACGGCAAGAUCAGUCUCCAGGAAUUUGUCAGUUGGCUCCUUCGAAACAACAUCAUAAAUGCCUAGCCAGUCAUACGCACAGUGAUGAUUGUAACUUCAAGGGACACUUCAUGUGACCAUCGCAUGUCUUGUGAUAGUCUGUAUGCUCGUUGACACCAUUGUAGCAUUCUAUACUGUAGUUUGUGACAUUAUGCUUACACUGACAUAUACAUGUUAGUAUCAUCACAAUUAAUUAAUAUUGUUGUAU